UUCCUCUCCGUUUACUAAUCGUGCUGGCAACUUUGUUUUCUCCAAGCGUUUUUCGCAGUCGGAAAAAAAAAUACAAAAAAAAAAAAAAACCAGAUCAUAACUGAGAGCAUCCUCGGAUUCCUUCCUCUUCUUCUUCGCCGUCUACUUGGCGUGAUUCUGUUUUCUGGAAACAGUUUUUUUUUUUUCUCGCAAAAACACUUUUUCAGUUCCUGAAAAAUUCACGCAACUGCUUCCGGACAUCACUCGUCAGUCCGAACAUCGACAGGUUUGUCAAUGGACGGGAACCUUCAGUAACAAAUAAUUGAGCCACAAACACGGAUAUGAAAGGAGAAUCAUCUGGACUGAUAAUUGGCAUCUCUAUAGGAGUGGUAAUUGGAGUGCUUUUGGCCAUAUUUGCGCUGAUUUGUUUAAGAUACCAUAGGAAACGCUCACAGAUAGAGAAUAGCAGUUCUCGGAGAGCCGCAACCAUCCCCAUUCGUACCAAUGGUGGUGAUGCAUGCAUGAUAUUGUCAGAUUCAUCUGUUGGAACAGAAUCACCCAAAACAUCUGGGCUUAGUCCCUUUCCUUGGUGGAUUGGAGGACCUAAAAAGGCUAAUGUGGUUUCGGCAUCAGGAAUACUCGAGUUCUCUUACAAGGAUCUGCAGAAAGCAACCUGUAAUUUUACCAAUGUGAUUGGUCAAGGGGCAUUUGGUCCUGUUUAUAAAGCUCAAAUGCUAACUGGUGAAACGGUUGCUGUUAAAGUGCUUGCAACUGAUUCCAAUCAGGGAGAAAAGGAAUUCCAUACCGAGGUUAUGUUGUUGGGAAGGUUGCAUCACAGGAACCUUGUGAACCUGGUUGGGUAUUGUGCAGAAAAGGGCCAGCAUAUGCUUAUCUAUGUCUACAUGAGUAAAGGCAGUCUGGCUUCUCAUUUAUACAGUGAAAAGCACGAACAAAUGAGCUGGGGUCUGAGGGUUCAAAUUGCUCUAGAUGUAGCAAGGGGCUUGGAGUAUCUUCAUGAUGGGGCGGUUCCUCCUGUGAUUCAUCGGGAUAUUAAAUCUUCCAACAUUCUGUUGGAUCAGUCCAUGAGGGCCAGGGUAGCUGAUUUUGGGCUUUCUAGGGAAGAGAUGGUAAACGGACACCCAUCCAAUUUACGGGGAACUUUUGGAUAUCUCGAUCCAGAAUAUAUAUCAACAAGGGCCUUCACUAAGAAAAGUGAUGUCUAUAGCUUUGGAGUAUUGCUCUUUGAACUUGUUGCAGGCAGAAAUCCUCAACAGGGUCUGAUGGAGUAUGUUGAACUUGCUGCAAUGGAUACAGAGGAGAAAGUUGGGUGGGAGGAAAUUGUGGACUCCCGACUCAGUGGGAAAUUUGACGUGCAAGAACUGAACGAGGUGGCGGCUCUUGCAUACAAAUGCGUGAACCGCGCACCAAGAAAACGACCAUCCAUGAGGGACAUCGUGCAAGUGCUAUCGCGUAUGAUCAAAUUGAGGCACGAAAGAAAGUAUCGCAGGCAUUCUUUACCUGCCACACCGGAUGAGGUUUCCCUUGAAAUGGACCCACCCGAUCACCUAAGUCCAAUGUCUCAACACCAGCGCGUGGAGUCUGUUGAUAGUACAGCUGAUAAUACCUCCUUUGAAGUGUAAAAUGAUACUGUAGUUGUUUUUAUGUUAACUUAGUGUUUGUUGUUUGUUGUUUGAUAGCAACUAGAAAGAAAUGUAGAUCCCGGUUCCCGUCAUCUUGAUUUCUGCUCAAGAGGAGUUUAGGUUUCAAUUUUCUACUCCCUGCCUUACAAUUCCCUUGUAACAUAAUGCACUCUUCUUUGUCCUCUCGCGGCAUAUCAUCAGUUUUGUAUAUCCGUAACUUCCGAAAAUCGAAAUAGAGUUAUACACCGGAAAAAAAAAAAAAAAAAACAGUUUUC